UGUCAUAUUCUCCAUCUAUGGGAUGCCAGGCCGGUGUGUAAUGUGAUGUCUUCUCUCUGGUAGAUUUCCUGUGGACUCCAGUUGUAGAGGAGAUACAGACACCCCGUUUAUUUCACAACACCCCGGUCGCCCUAGAGUGCACAGUCUCAGGGUAUUUCCCGGACGCCCUCGCUGUGACGUGGCUGAGGCGGAGAGAACGCAAACUGGAAAUAUGCGAAGAGUCGGACGAUGUGUCAGUCCCAAAGAUCAAAUCAUAUAAAAACCCAGAUAACACGUAUCGCUGCAUAGCAAAGCUGAUGCUCACCCCUACACUGAGAGACCACCAGGGGGCAGAAUACAUAUGCCAAGUCCAACAUCCCUCUCUGGAAAAUGCAAUUGAGAAAAGCAGCGGGAGGCUCAGCAUGAUGGCGAAACCUCAGCCGGAGCCCAUGAAGAUGACCCUCGAUGAUGACCGUGUGGUGGUCCGGUUCUCUUUCCAUCUCAAGAAGUUUUAUCCUAAAGAGCUCAACAUCAGGUGGCACAUGGACGAGACGCAACCCAGGAGAGGAGUGCGGCAGAGCAUGAUACACACGGAAACAUUCACCGAGCGCGAGGAUGACUGCUUGUUUGAUGUUACCAGUGAAUGUGGUAUUCUGGGGUGUGGCUUUGCCGAUCCUCAAUAUAAGGUCUAUGUGACUUGGUACCAUGCGUCUAUGGAAGGGCCUGAGACCAGAGAAUUGACUGUAAGAGAUCUGCCCUGGCGCCCACAAGUAAGAGAAAUUGUCUCACGCAUAUUGGUCGAUAAUCAAAAGAGCAAACUACAUUGUAUCAUCAGAGAUUUCUAUCCAAAUGUUAUAACCGUGUCCUGGCUGAAGAAAGGAAAAGGAGAUGUUUCUGCAGUACCGGUCUCCAAUGGCUGCACAUCAGAGGUUGUAUACCAUCAGGAGAAACCCAGAGUGUGUGGCUAUUGCUGCACAGCCAUCUUGCGUUUUACCCCAACAGUGAGGGAAGACCAAGGAGCAGAAUACAUCUGCAGAAUGGAGCAUCCCAGCCUGGAGCACCCUCUGGAGAAGAGCACCGGGCCGCUGAAUAUACGAGCGAUGUCCUCACCAUGUGUCUCAGAAAUAAUUAUCCCAAGACUGGAGGAUAACAAACAAGUGACUCUGUCCUGUUAUGUUUCUGGAUUUCCAGAUUAUUUUUACAGUCUGAAGUGGUUCAGAAAAGAAGCUGGAAGCCGGAGAGACCUCCCUAAUGAUAGAUACGAGAGCUCAUAUUCCAUCAGGCCAUUCAACUUGGAUGACCAUACCCAUUCACAGGAGUUUUAUCUGACUUUUACCCCUACCCGGAGCUCUGACCAAGGAGUCGAAUUAAUCUGUGUAGUGGAACAUGAUCUUCUGAAACAGCCGAUAGAGAGAAGCACCGGGCCGCUAGAUGUUUCUGUAAUCGGUACAGGGACAUAGGGAAGGAAACUAGAAGAUCUAUAAUGAGAUUAUUUACACAUUUUUAUUAACUUUAGUUGCCUUCCAAUACAAAUAACACAUGUAUGAAUACUAACACGCGUGCUCUAGACAAUGUAACUGACGUGUAAAGUGAGCUUAAAAAAAACUGCGGAACGUUCUGCACUCUUACAUAAUAUCAGCCUCUUUUCUACUGCUAUGUGUUUUUACUUUGCUGAAACAAUGUUGCUGCACUCUGGAAAACAGUUAAUCAGCGAUACGUAGAGGCUGACACAGUUACAUUUUACUAUUCAACCAAAAAGAUAAAUAGUAACAAUCUUUUUAAAACACAAAUAAUCUAGGAGAUUCAUUUGGCGGGGAGGGAGACCGCGUAUAGCGUUAAUCAAAUUGCAGCAGACUGUAGGGAAUGGGGGAAUUAACUUCCCUAAUAUCCUCUGGUACUCCCAGGCGGCCCAACUACGUUACUUACAUGACUGGAUGCAUAACGAUAACACAUACACAAAUACAGAAUUAGAUAGAGAAUUUAUGCAGGAGGGGGAUCUCAUUACAUUUCUUCAUCUGCACGAUCGAGAGGUGCCCGAGGAGCUGAGGGGAAACCCCUUACUGUGGAACAUAAAAAACUUUGGAAAGAAAUGCGACAUAAACUAAACCUAAAUGCCCACAAAUCAUUACACCUUCCGUUCGUGGCUAAUCCUGACUUCCAAGAGGGUCAGGCACACUACCCGUUUAAUAUAUGGAGGCUGGGAGGGGUGUCCAGGAUCGGUGAUUUAGUGGACAUGCGGGGCUCGAGGCCGCUCACGUUCCAGGAGGCCACUACUAAAUACCCAACUCUGAGAGCCUUUCCUGUGGCCUUUCUUUUGGCUCAACACUAUAUUUCAUCCACUAUCAGAUGUCUUUCACCUGGGGAUUGGGAUAAUCCGAUGGAUAAAAUGUUGAAACAAUCCCCUAGAGUUAAGAAGGCAAUCUCGACUGCGUAUGGGUACUUCCGGAACGUCCUGGACUACUCGAGGGGUCCGGGAGGUGUUAUGUCUUGGAGGGAUUGUCUCCCGAACGUUGAAAUUAGAGACUUACUGGCGGCACAUGUUAAAACCUGCAAAUUAUUUCCCUCUUCUAGAUAUAAAGAAAUGUCUCUCAAUAUUUUGCAUAGGACUUAUCUAUCGCCCCAUAGACGACACUUGAUAGGACUUGCUGACACACAUGCAUGUUGGAAAUGUGGCACUCCUCAGGCGGAUAUGUUUCACUGCCUGUGGACAUGUCCCUUAAUCAGACAGUUUUGGAUUCAGAUACGAAACUACUUGACGACCGAACUGGUAAAUUAUUGGAGGUUGUCCCCGGAGUGGGCACUUUUUGGUAUCAUGCCACCGAAUCAACGCCUCUCUUUGGGCAGUAAAAAAUAGUUGCUGGCAAUUAGUUUGGCGGCUAGGAAAGCCAUUCUGCAGGUGUGGAUAGCGAAGGAUCCACCGACUCUAUCACUGUUUAAAGCCAAACUAUUCUAUCUCUUUAGGAUGGAAUGGAUCAGUGUCCUGCUGGACAAAGACACUAAGAUACACAAUUUCUUCGAGGUUUGGGAGAGUUAUAUAAUGACCUUGUCGACGACGGUUAGGAAACAGCUCCACGACUCGUUGUCCAACACAGAAUGGUUUCUAACUAGAGUGGCUGCCGGGGAUCCGCCAAUUGUGCCUUAAAAGCCAUUUGACAAACAGGGCGCUGAGGGCGGGUUGGGGGGGAAAUCGGGUGCGGCACGGGUAUUACAUAUAUGUGUACAUACAUGUAUGUGCAGAUUUUUAUUUAUUUUUUAUCUUACUUUAAUUUGUUUUAUUUUUAUUUAUUUUUUUUCUCCCCUUUUCUCUUAUGUUCAAAAGUACAAAUAUGGGUCAGUCGACCGAGUUGAAUUUCAAACCUGUAUAAUAAAUGAUCGUAUAACAAGAUAUGUCCCUUGAUCGAGGACUCAACUGUAUUUUUCUUGUUCUGUUUGCUUAUAAUACCCUUCUAUCAAAGAUUUGAAACAUGUCGAACAUUUAUGUAUGUAUAA